UGUUUUUAACCAGUGGGUAAUUUCAGUUGCAGCAAAAUGUCAGUUGAGAAGAUCCAUGCCCGGGAAAUCCUGGAUUCCAGAGGGAAUCCCACUGUUGAAGUGGACCUCUACACGGCCAAAGGCCAUUUCCGAGCAGCCGUACCGAGUGGGGCUUCCACAGGGAUUUACGAAGCUCUGGAACUUCGUGAUGGAGACAAGUCCAGGUACCUGGGCAAAGGAGUACUGAAGGCUGUUGAGAACAUCAAUAAACACAUUGGCCCAGUGUUGAUUGAGAAGAAAGUAAAUGUAAUUGAACAGGAAAAGAUCGACGAGCUGAUGUUGCACCUGGAUGGAACUGAUAAUAAAUCUAAGUUUGGAGCCAAUGCCAUCCUGGGUGUCUCCCUGGCAGUUUGCAAAGCUGGUGCGAAGGAGAAGGGGGUGCCACUGUAUCGCCAUAUUGCUGACCUUGCUGGCAAUAAGGAUCUUGUCCUCCCAGUCCCGGCCUUCAAUGUGAUCAAUGGGGGUUCCCAUGCUGGGAACAAGCUAGCCAUGCAGGAGUUUAUGAUUCUGCCCGUUGGUGCUGCCACCUUCAAGGAAGCAAUGCGGAUUGGUGCAGAGGUCUACCACAACCUGAAGAACGUCAUCAAGGCCAAGUAUGGGAAAGAUGCCACCAAUGUGGGUGAUGAGGGAGGAUUUGCCCCCAACAUCCUGGAGAACAAUGAAGCUCUGGAGUUGCUGAAGACUGCAAUUGAGAAGGCCGGUUAUACCGACAAGAUUAUCAUUGGAAUGGAUGUGGCAGCCUCUGAGUUCUGCCGCAAAGGACAAUAUGACCUGGAUUUCAAGUCUCCCGACGAUCCUAGCCGCUACAUCUCUGGGGAGAAGCUGGGUGACCUGUAUAAAUCCUUCAUCAAUAACUACCCUGUUAUGUCCAUUGAAGAUCCCUUUGACCAGGAUGACUGGGAAAACUGGUCCAAGUUCACCUCCAGUGUGUCCAUUCAGAUUGUGGGAGAUGACCUGACUGUCACAAACCCCAAACGCAUCCAGACAGCAGUGGAUAAGAAAGCCUGCAACUGUCUCUUGCUGAAGGUCAACCAGAUUGGAACGGUCUCUGAGUCCAUCAAAGCCUGUAAACUGGCUCAGACUAAUGGCUGGGGAGUGAUGGUGAGUCACCGCUCUGGGGAGACAGAGGAUCCUUUCAUUGCUGACCUGGUUGUAGGUCUCUGCACUGGCCAGAUUAAGACUGGGGCUCCAUGUCGCUCUGAACGUCUAGCCAAGUACAACCAGCUGAUGAGGAUUGAGGAAGAGCUGGGAGAGAAAGCCAAGUUUGCUGGCCGCAACUUCCGGAAACCACUGUGAAAGCCUGAUCUGCUUCCCUAGGAGUUGUAGGGAGCAGCAUCCAGCCGUCAUAACCCCUCACUCCACUCUCCUGAAGACUGCUCUCUCUCUGAUCCACCACCAUCACCAGUUGUCUCCUCUCCACCUGUCCUAUGGCUCCCCUGCAAAGGCUUCCGGUCAAAUCUAGAUGUUGCUUUGUAAUCAGGAUGUGAUGUGUUGGUGAAUAAAGUGCUCGUGUCACUCA